GCCCGCAAGAAGCACAUCUUUUUCUCUCAUACUAGUCGACAAGCUUCUCGGGUGUAGAUUCGCGGGUCAUCGCAUCAGGAACGGCAAAUACGGUCCAGCCGCACCACCCGAUUGCACCCAGCUCAUACAGAGUCAGUUCCGCCGCGCGACGGUUUGUGCUCGGAUCGAUCGGCAGGUGUCCGUCGUCGUCGUCGUCGUCGUCGUUGCAGCAUCCAAACAAACGGCCCUGUGUUGCGUGCGUUGGCUCUAGGGCAAUUGAAUUCUUGGUGCUGGUGAAUGUGAGGGAAAGAGGAGGGAGCCAUCGACCAUCGCUCGCAGGUGAAGGCUUUCGUCAGCUUUACACAUCCCCCCCCCCUCCCCUAAACGGUUGAGCGGGCGGCUGAUUUUGUGGCGCAAUCAGUUCGUCCUGGUGAGGACCAAAAAGGAAAACCAGGGCACCCGCCAGGAGAGAGAGCGAGAGAGCGAGAGGAGAAAGAAAACCUUUUAUCGACAAUGAGUAUAUGCGUCGUUGGGGCCGGAGUCGUCGGGCUGACGACCGCGCUCGAGCUGCAGCGUGAGAUGCGGAACGCCACCGUCACCAUACUGGCCGACCGGUUCGAGCAGGACACGUGCAGCGACGUUGCGGCUGGCCUAUUUCGCCCCGGAACUAGCUUUUCCGGCCCGACCGAGGAAAUCACCAGGAAAUGGAUUUCAGACGCGUACAACCACUGGGACGAAAUUCGCAAGACGGAGCAGUCAGCCCGGGCCGGUGUGUGCCAGCUGUCGGGCUACAUUUUUUCCAGCCGAGAUCCUGCCAUUGUUAGGAAUCACUACAUCGAAAAGGUUCUGCCGGUGUACCGUGCUGCGACCGAGCAGGAACUUCAGCUUUGUCCUGGCGAAUGGAAGUAUGGAUCGUUUUUCACCACCAUCCUUACCGAGUGCCGGCUGUUUCAACCGUGGGCGACCGAAAGGUUUCUUGACAAUGGUGGACGGAUUGUUACCGUCGCCUUGAACAACUUGCAGGAGCUGCGUGACAGCAAGUACGAUGUGAUCGUGAACUGUACCGGCCUGGGGGCGAAGCGCCUGUGCAACGACCAUAAGUUGGUUCCGAUCCGGGGGCAGGUGAUCAAGGUGCGCGCCAACUGGAUAAAGACGGCAUUCUAUGCGGACUUUGAUACGUACAUUAUUCCGGGCUUGCACGGGGUAACGCUGGGGGGAUGUCGUAACUUUGAUAGCUACAAUACGGAGGUUUCCCGCCACGAUUCGGCUGCGAUUCGAGAGCGGUGUGAAGCGUUGCUGCCAAGCCUGAAAGGGGCACCGGUUAUACGGGAAUCGGUUGGGCUGCGACCGCACCGUGAUCCUGUACGCGUCGAAAUUGAAUUACUACCUACAUCAAACGGAAAUCUGCGCGUGGUGCAUAACUACGGCCAUGGGGGAUACGGGGUGACGACUGCGCCCGGCACGGCAAAAUACGCUGUUCAACUUGUGAGGGAAGCACUGCAAGCCAAUAGCAAACUGUAGACUUAAGUUGUACGUAUGUGUGGAACACAUACCACAAACCACCAAAUAAGGUCAAUUGAAUUGGAUGUAAAGCAAUCGAUCACACUUUUUUCUUAAGCGUUUCUUGUUGGAAAAAUUGUACCAAAAUUUAAUGAAUGAGUUAAAUUUUUUUUUUUGAAAUAAAGACAAUAAAUGAUGAAAAAUUUGUA